UUAUUUAAAAGAUGUCAGGUUAGGCUAUCACUGUAACUGCCCUUAUAUUCCUCAAUUUUUUCGUUUCUUCCCAUUUAUUUUUUCAAUUUGCUGCUUGCUUUUUUGCACAAAAAUGUUCUUUUUUGUGUCUGAAUAAAUCGAUAAAUUUUACCUGAUCUUUAUCUUUUGGAAAAAUUUUUUAUAUUUUUUUAAUCUAUAGGAUUUCUAUUAUACAUUAGACAUUUGUAUAUAUUUUAAGAAUCUCCCAUUAAUCUAACUUGAUUAUUUUUGCCGAUAAAAAUGUCUUCUAAAUUAGUAAAAGUGGUCAAAACUACAAAUGUACCGGUAGCUGUUGAUAUUUACAGGUUGUUCACUCGUCUGUUGAUGAUGAGGUGUUUUAACUGGUGCUGCGUGUUACUGUUUUGGAUUUGGAUGGAGAGAUGAUCUCAUGGGGCUAUCCACCUGUCGAGGAGCUUAUCUUGUAAAAUAUUCUGUGAUAAAGCAAUAAAUUAUGGAAAUCACUUAUUGUUGUUGAUGGGCUGCGCCCCAAGUGUGCACAAUUGGAACGGGUUUGUUGGCUCACAGAAUCCUGCUAAUAAAUUUCGGAGUCCAUGUUGUGAAUUCCUUCUGCACAAUAUUGUUCCAGGACGUCGAAGAGGAGAGAACGAUGGAUUGGCAACAACAGCAGCACAAGAUAAUGACGAGAUUGACUUAAAUCUGCACAGACUACUAAGGCUACAACCGCCAAUUUCUAUUGGUAAAAUUUCUUUUUAA